AUGCGGGAGCUGAAUGUGGAGCGCAACAUGAUCACCUACAGCGCUGGGAUCAGCGCCUGCGAGAAAGGCGAGCAGUGGCAGCGGGCUCUGGCGUUGCUCAGCGAGAUGUGGGCGGCAGAGCUGAAGCCCAACGUCAUCUGGUCAGCUGUAACGCUGGGGUCAGCGCGUGCGAGAAGGGCGGGCAGUGGCAGUGGGCCCUGGCGCUGCUCAGCGAGAUGUGGGAUGCGAAGUUGGAGCCCGACGUCAUCAUCCCUUUACAGCGCUGGGAUCAGCGCGUGCGAGAAGGGCGUGCAGUGGCAGCGGGCUCUGGCGCUACUCAGGGAGAUGUGGGAGGCGAAGCUGGAGCCCGACGUCAUCUCUACAACGCUGGGGCCAGCGCGUGCGAGAGGUGCGGGCAGUGGCUGGGGGCGCUGGCACUGCUCGGCGAGAUGA